AUGGUGAACAGUCAGGUGGGUGGUGGUGUGGCGUCACCCCCCAGGUCGUGUGCAGGAUGCGGGGGCAAGAUCGCUGACCGCUUCCUGCUUUUCUCCAUGGAGCGCUACUGGCACACACGCUGCCUCAAUUGCUCCUGCUGCCACGCACAUCUGGGCGACAUUGGCACCACCUGCUACAGUAAAGGAGGCAUGAUCCUGUGUAGGAGCGACUAUAUCAGGUGAGGUCCCAUGGGGCUCUGGGGAAAGGACAUGACAGGAGGGGGAGGAUCUAGACUUUAGCUCCCAGGCUAGGGCUGAGACUGAUCUGGCUCUGCUUUGUGUCUGCAGGUUGUUCGGGCACAGUGGGGCAUGCAGCGCCUGUGGCCAGUCCAUCCCGGCUAAUGAGAUGGUGAUGAGGGCACAGGGCAAUGUGUAUCAUCUCAAGGUAAGACCCCCUGGCAGUUAAUGUCUCACUGUUGUUAGUGUCUGUCAUCAUCAGUGCAUGUGUAACAGUUGUUUGUGUGAAACCCAUAGAUGUAUACUUGAAAUAAGUGCUAGACACUGGCCUAAAGUUACCUUGAACCGUAUGUUAGAGUUGAGCGUUUGUUUCGACGCUAGUUAGGCCUGGACUAAUCUCAGUUAACCCAGAACUAGAAUCUUGCAUAGUCUGUCCACAAGAGAUUAGGCCUGGACUUGAGUGGCACAUUUGGGAUGAGGAUUCUAACUCCUGUGUCUUCCUUUUAUCCCUAGUGUUUCACAUGUGCCACCUGUAGAAACCGACUGGUGCCAGGCGACCGCUUCCACUAUGUCAACGGCACCAUCUUCUGUGAGCACGACCGGCCAGGGGGUGCACUGCUCAGCAGCCACCUGCCCCCACUGCAGAGCAACCCUGUGCUGCCUGACCAGAAG